AUGUUUGGAAUUUGCAAAUAUUGCAAAACGGAUAACACAGAUAUUUCAUGGUGUAGAUCAUGUGAUCCCGUAAAUUCGGUUUGCGCUGGAAUUUAUGAAGUCGAUAAACUUAUCGAAAGCAUUUUAUGCUCUGAGAAUCAUUACAACAAAAUCGAAUUACAUCAUAAAUACUCAUCCAUUAAAUUAUAUGGUUUGACUCGAGAUCUGGAAACAAAAAAUUUUAUGAUGGUUUUAAAAUUUGCGGAUAGUGGUAAUCUUCAGCAAUACCUUACAUUAAAUUUUGAACAACUUGACUGGAAAAAAAAAUUGGUUUUCCUACAAAAAAUAGCUCACGAAUUAAUUUUGAUUCAUAAAAAAGAAGUUGUACAUCGUGAUUUUCAUAUUGGAAAUAUUUUAAUAUUCAGUGAUUUUGAACCUUGUAUUUCAGAUUGGGGAUUGUGUGCGUCAUCCGCUGUAUACUUUGAAGUUGAUCGGCCGUUCUCAUGGCUUGAAAAACCAAAAGUAACUUUUAGAUUCACAACAUGUGUACGCAGUGGUCUUACCCAAGUCAGUUGA